CGGGAAGAGUUUGUUCAGCUUCUCUUCGGUUUCGUUUGAGAGAAGGAGAAUCUGGUAUGUGGAUGUGCGUUCAUAUGUCCACGAGAGAGACUCCGGAUCAUAUGCGCGCACACACACUACAAGCGAGAGAAUAUGGAAAGCGUUACUAGAUCACACAAACACACCCGCCAUAUUCUAGGAAGCGUGUCCUCUGUGCUCAGCAUCCCGGAAAGCGGCAAUUGACCGAUUAGACAACCAUGCAGAAGACACAGUGUUUCCUCUUGUCAUCGUGGUGGGCAGUUGAUGGGAUGAAUGAAAAGAACUUGCAACCUUAACACAAAUGUUGUUUGUAAACCUGGCUGCCACCCAGUGAAUGGAUUUUGUGAAAUUCCUAGUGAAUGCAGGUGUCAACCUGGGUGGCAAGGAGCGCUCUGUAAUCAGUGUGUUCCUUUUCCUGGUUGUGUGCAUGGCAGCUGUGCCAAACCAUGGCAAUGUGUCUGUGAAGAAGGAUGGGUUGGCAGCCUUUGCGACAUAGAUAUUCACCCAUGUUCUUCAAAACCCUGCACCAAUAACUCAACAUGCAUAGAGAGUGGAGAUGGAGGAUAUAUUUGUUUGUGUGCCAAGGGAUUUACAGGAAAAAACUGCCAUCUGAAAAAAGGACCCUGCAUUAUUAAUGGCUCUCCCUGUCAGAAUGGGGGAACAUGUGUUGAUGACAAUGGAUUUGCACCUCAUGCCUCCUGUUUGUGCCUUCCAAGUUUUGCUGGCAAUUUUUGCGAAAUAGAUGUAGAUGACUGUGAACCCAACCCAUGUGAAAAUGGAGGAACGUGCACAGAUAUUGGUGGAGGCUUCAACUGUCAUUGCCCUAUUGGCUAUAUGGGCAAAUCCUGCAGCAGCCAUGUCAUAUUCUGUGCUAGCAGCCCAUGUGAGAAUGGAGGAACGUGUCAUGAGCAUCCUGAAGGAGGAUUUGAAUGCGUUUGUAAGCCGGAAUUUGUUGGUGUAACCUGCACAUAUCUUAACAGAAACACAAGUCUCCAUGGUGUGAAUACAGAGGCCAAACACGGGCAGAGUUAUAAUCUACCACCAAAUGCUCAUCCGAAGUCAGUACCUCACCAAGAACAUAAAAUCUUGAAGAUAACAAUGAAAGAAACAAUCCAAAACACAGACCCCUUGCUUAAUAAAAGUCAGGUGAUAUGUUUCAUUGUGCUAGGCUUGCUUACAUGUCUUGUUGUGUUGGGUACAACUGCGAUUGUAUUUUUUUCCAAAUGUGAAAUGUGGCUUGCUAAUGCCAAAUAUAGCCAUCUCCUACGCAAGAAAAAGAAUUGCUUUCUUCAAUCUAACAAUGGGGAAAACCUUUCCGUUAACAUAAUUUUCCCAGAGAAGAUCAAACUCACUAACUACACCAAGAACUACACCGCCAUCUAGACUCCUUGAAAGUCUUGCAGCAACUUCUAGAGUUUUGUAACAAUAUGUAAAGUUUAUUGAACUUAUUACCUGUGCCUGGCUUUGAUGUGUGUGCAUACGUUUGCUGUAAUUUGUGCUGGGAAGUACAGAAUAAAUAUGUUGUAUCUGUGUUGCCAAGUGAAUUUCUCAUUCCCAAAAUAAAACUUUAACAUAAUCAGA